AAUGGCGCCUGCUACGGAAGGAUUGAGUGAUGAGCAGAAGGCAAUUUAUGAAAAAAUAACGAAAAAUGAAGUAGAAGAGCUUAAAACACUGUUGGCAGCGACUAAAAUGAAGUUAGAUUUCGUUGACGAAAACGGUAUGAGCUUGCUCCAACAUGCAUGUUACAAAGGAAACAAGGAAAUUGUGCAGAUGCUUCUUGAUCAGGGAGCAGAUGUGAACUCAUGCCAACAUGAACACGGAUACACAGCUCUACAUUUCGCUGCACUGAGCGGAAAUGCCGAUCUUUGUCAUCUUUUAAUGUCUCACGGAGCAAGGAUAGCAGCUACCAAUAGUGUUGGUCGAACUGCUGCUCAAAUGGCUGCGUUCGUCGGCAAUCAUCAUUGCGUUGCAACAAUCAACAACUUUAUCCCUAAGGCUGAUAUCGACUACUACAUUACACCCCAGGGUUUACAAACCGAACCACUUCUGCCACCUCACCUCGCAGAUUCCUUCCACAAAUUCAUAAUGCAGGUGAAUGUUCAUCCGGUUCGAGUAUCCAUGAACUUGCAACGAUUUCCUGGACUUUUGGAGAAUUUGGGCAAGGUCCAGAAGGUUUUGGAAGUUAUGCGUCACAGGGAAAUGACACGUGGGGCUGAAACGAACGAAGUAAUAGCUUUCAAGUACCACUACCUUAGCUUUGUUGUGGCAGAAGUGAUAAAAAGUCAAAAUCGUCAAAAAGUGAUGAAGGGUCAAACGGAUAAAGAAAAGUCAAGCGAGGAAGGGUCUGAGGAAAAAAAAUCCGAUCCUGUCGAGGCUUUGGUUCGAAAAUUUCUGAAGUGCAACAAAGCUGACGGUAUUCCAGAGUAUCAGGAAGCAUUUUUGCGAGAGGCUGUGAGAGAAUUUCCGUUCAGAGAGAGCACUAUCUUCCACCAAAUGGUCGCAACUCUCGCGGGAUCGGAUCCACCGUCUGCAGUUUCUGUUGUCGCGGCUGCAAUCAACGGGCAACGUGGUUUCUUAGACCAAUCGCAGAUCUGCGUCACCUGCGGUGAAGAAAAAGCAACCAAGAAAUGCAGCAAAUGCAAGGCUGUUCAGUAUUGCGACAGAGAAUGUCAGAGACUUCACUGGUUCAUGCACAAAAAAGCCUGCGCAAGACUGGAUCCAUCGACGAAUUCGGGUACGAAACUGAGUCAGGAGAACAAGGAACAAAUUGCAAAUGCAGUUAGCUCGAGAUUACAGAAUCUUGCUGUUAAUUAGGAAGGUUGAACAAUGUCAAAACUAAUUUGGUGUAAAUAACGCAGGGAAACUUAUCCUGCUCUGAAUUCUCGAGCUUUUGGAUUAGGGACAUGAGCAUUUGCUCUCGGUAUUGACAAAAGCCAAUUGUAUUCUAUUCUGAUGUAUUUAGUCAGGUAUUGGGAUGCGGGAUUUUGAUGGGUCACUUUUUUUUAUCCCAAACAUUCAUGACAAUGUCAAUUUUCUAUAGCUGUUGAGUAGAGUGAGAAGAAAGUCACCUUUUACAACCCACGAGCGUCAAAGUAAUUUUUGCGCAUGUCAAGUCGCAUAUUUUAUUACACUAGAAAUACCAUUUAAGUAUCUCCCAUUUAAGUCAUCCCUACCGAAAAGAAUCUGAGUAUAUACUAAAAAUUCUUUAGGUCAAAGAAGCUCAGAGAAAUUCUCUGCCAGGCACUCAGGUAGAUAUUUUUAAAGGUCCAGGAAGCUCGCUUAAAUGGU